AUGGACCCCACCAUCCCAACUCCGACCGUCUGCUCCACCGUCACCUCCUCCUCGAUCUCCACCCAAGCCCCGCCCCACACCCCUCUACAUCUCCUCGAGAUCAGCCUAAUAUCCGCCCAAGACCUAACCCCGAUCACAAAGUCCAUGCGCACGUACGCCAUCGCAUGGGUCAACCCUAAUCGGAAGCUCACCACCCGAACCGACCAACACGGCAACACCCACCCCACGUGGAACGACAAGCUGACGUUCCGCGUGGACAGCCAGUUCCUCGCCUCGGACGACGCGGCCAUCACCGUCGAGAUCUACACCGUCUCGUGGUUCCGCGACGUCCUGGUGGGGACCGUCAGGGUCCUGAUUAGCGACCUCAUGUCCCCACCAUCGGGGGUCCCACUCCAGAGCCUCCCAAAGAACAUGCGCUUCGUCGCCCUCCAGGUGCGGCGCCCCUCAGGGGCGCCGCAGGGCAUACUCAACAUGGGCGUGUCCCUCCUGGACACCUCCAUGCAGAGCAUGCCCCUCCAGCGUGGCCAACCCCACGAGGAAUUCCGCGAGGAGAUUCUCAAAAAGGUCAACGCCCUCAGCCUCGAGGAGCAAAACAACAACGAAGACGACGAAAAGAAAGAGCUCGAAAAGAGGAUCCACCUCUGGCGCUCCCUUAGCGUGGGGUCCGGGGUCAACAACGACGACGACGAGUUCCCCCAGAAAGGAGGAUCCGUUUACAAUGGGUCCAUGGUCAACGGGUCGAUGUGCAACGGGUCGAUGGUCAACGGUUCGGAACUUUGCUCCGACAUCGGGCCCUCAGCCUCCAUCGUGGCGGCUGAGAUGGCCAUGAAGCCGCAGAUGCACUCGCAGCCGCCUCCCCGGCCGGUCAGAAACGCGCAGGCGGCCGAUGACACGGGAAGCUCGAUAUUGGAGGAGAUGACGAUGGAAGAAGCGAGAGCGAAAGGGUAUAGAAUUAGAACGAGUAGAGAGAGGUGGAGGAAACCGAGCUCCGGCAAGAGCAGUAGCAUCGACAGCUGCAACGAAUCGGAACUGUCUUUGAUGAGCAACAGGCACUCAAGGAGGAAUUCCGACGGGGGAUUGUUUUCGUGCUUCGCUUACGGAAUCGAGUUCACGAUAGUUUGCGGGGCGAGUAACAAUCCUCCGGGCGGUAAUAAAACGAGUAAUAGCGUGAGCUCGUCUAGAAGAAAGAGUAAUAAGCCUAGUGAGGCCAAUUCAGCUUGA